UUCAGUUUUAUGUGUUGUCUCCUACUUCUUCCAUUUGCAGCCAUAGUGUUCACAGCUCCAAUCAGAGCUCGAAGAGAAAAUGUUUUAAGCUUCCUGAAUGAUGCGCUUGCCACAGUGACUGUGCCUGCAAGUGUAACAGCAUAUAGAAACUCUCCAAGUAAAACUGUGACAGAGAAAGACUCUCAAGAUGUGUCAGAUGCAAGAUCUACAGAGAGUUUUGACACCAAUGGAUUUCCAGAUGCUGCCAAAGACCUUGAAAGCCAUGAGAUCAUGAUUCCUAAAGUUGCAAAGAAUGAUAACACCCCAUCUGGGAGGAGAACAGGAGCAGACAAAGACAGUAUGGAUGCAAGCAGAAGACUGGUUCAGGACCAUGGGAGCAGAGAGCUGAAUCAUCUUGACAGCGAGGAGGGAAUGACAAUGAAUACUCAGGAGCAUGGGAAUUUGUCAGGAAAACGAGAUAUCCGUUCAAGUGGAGACAAAGUGACUGACAGUGCCAGUGAGGGCGCCAAUCUCCAAAGAAAGGCUGGAAGAGUUAAUGGGUUGAACAGUAUGUUGGCCCCAGGCCAGAGCAGAGAAAUGCUGGAUAGGGACAGUUUAGAGAACAGCAAUGGCAGACUGGCUGCAGUGGGAAACAGCAGAGAUACAGACUAUGAUGAAACCAGGGAAUAUAUCAGCUCUGAGAUGCAUCCAAUAGCGCCCCCACAACACAAGCCCAGUAGCUUGUCUGUCCCAGCCAAGGGCUGAGCCUGAGCCUCCUGAUGAUCAUAUAUUCCGUUUCUUCCUCAUAAUGAGUCAGGUGCCUCCAUCUGUUGACUCAUAUAAUCAUGCUGCUUCCAAAUGCAGCCGCUUCCGGGACUUUUUGAUCCAAAUUUAGAUUUUUACAUGAAUUUUCUUGUUAUGUGACCAAGUAUAGAAAUAUAACAGAGUAACACAGUUUUGCAUUAUGCUCAUCUAAACUGGUUAAAUAGAAUAAGUUUUUACAGCAUGAUGUUUGGUUCAAAAGUUGUAGAAUGCGUAAUGUCAGAAACUUAAAUUAGAGUACAACAUCUACUUUUGAGCC